UUUUGUGUUUAAUUAAGAAAUGUAAUUAAGCCACACAAUCCUCCAGUAUUGUUCAAUCAAUAUGAUAGUCAAAUAGAGCGAAGACAAGCUUUUUAAAAUGGCAGACGAACAUGAACUGCGGCAAGUAACGGGGAACGACAGCUCUGUAAAAAACCAAGAAGAAGAGAUGACAGAAGUAUUAACCACGAAAUCAAACUUAUUAUCAGACGAGAGUACUUUCACAUUUGCUAAAUUGAUAGAAUUUGUCAACCGCACAAAUACAGGGAUUAGUUUGGUUGAAGCAGCAAUGUUAAUGUUGAGCUUAUCUUUCGGUUCUGCUGUUGUUAUCAUGCCUUAUAAUUUCUUACUGCUGGGACCUAUAACAUGCAUGCUGUUUACACUUGCAUUGGUAUCCGUACUGGCAUACUGCACUAAACUUACUUACUACUCAUGUCAAGCAGUUCUUGAAAAAAGAUCAUCACUUGAACAUGUAAGAGAAAUGUACCCAUUGCUUGCAGAGGUAGCAGUAGGUCCAGCGUUUAGUAAAUUACUUUCUUGCAUGCUAUACACGUACUCAGCGGCGGCUACUACAGCUUUCUUUCUGCUUGCUGCAACCAUAUGUGCCGAUUUAUGGCCGAUUGAUCAUUUGAGCACAUAUGGAAACCUACGAAGCUGGACAGCUAUCUGUUUUUUUUUCAUGCUACCUGUCAUGUGCAUGGGCAACUACAACGACUUGGCAAACACAGCCUUGAUUGGUGUUAUCAUGUCGGCUAUUUCAUUGUUAGCUAUUAUUAUCGAUUCGUUCAUCGCCAAAGGAUAUAAAGUAAAAAGUCAUGAUUCAUUUCUUGAGGAACACCGUGUCCAAUUUCAAAAUAUUUUUAAGAGUUUUGGGAUGAUAUGUUUUGCUAUAGGGGGACCAGCAUUUGCAUUGCCCAAUAUGUAUGUAUUCGUAAAGGAACAAAACAAAUUACCAAGUGUUAUAUCGAGAAGUCAUAUUUCAAUAUUUAUACUUUAUAUUAUGGCUGGAUUUAUUCCAUUUGCAAUAUUUAACAAGAAAGUGAAACCGUCAAUUACAACAACAUUAGAACUUUAUUAUCGCACAGAGUAUAAUCACGUUUUCUUUAAAGUUUUAUUGAUUAUAUCACAAAUCUGCAUGGUGCUGCAUUUACUGAUAGCAGGUGUGAUAUGUGUGAAUCCGUUCUUUCUUGCAGUUGAAAAAAGACUGAAGAUACCUCUUGAAGUAAAUUGGAAACGUAUAUGUGUGCGAAUCAUUGGCAACCUCAUGCUUUUGGGUGUAUGUUUAGCAUUUCCAAAUUUUCAGAAUGUGUUAUCUAUCGUUGGUGGAGUUCCCAUCGCAUCUGUUGUUGUGAUCUUUCCUAUCUUGAUUUAUGCACGACUGUACGAUUUGAGUAAAAAGGAAAUCGUACUUCAAGCCAUUAUUCUUUUUUGUUGCGUUUUCUUAUUGAUUGGCAAUUUUAUUGUGGAAGUGAAACAGCUUAUGCUUGUCAUUCAGCAGAAACAAAACGUUAGCUAGACGGCUUACCAAUUAUAAUUUUUUGGUUAAAUGGUUUGAUUAACUUCUUUAUCGUACUAAUUGAAAUAAAAAUUAUUGACUUCUUAAUUGCAAAAGGGAUAAAGAACUAUUUCUCCAGAGCUAACCAAGCUUAAUGUCAAGAACAACGUAGAGUAGAUUAGAGAAUAAGAAAAAAAAAGAUUUAUAACAAAUAUGACAAGGUGGAUAUAUAACUGUUGAUUAAAUUUCCGUUUUUCAUCUGACUGUAAUUUAUUUUAAAUCAACUUUUUUAAGAUUUCAAAGCAGUUUUGAUUUUUCACUAUUAAAUUACCUUGGUAAGCCUUCAGAAGCAUAACACAACUACAUUAUUUAACUACAGUUAUACAACAAUGUUAAACGAACUUAAUAACAUAUCCUGUCUUAGAGAACAACAGUUUGUUCUUCCUUAAGGUGGUUCCCCUAGAAAAAAAUUCUAAAUUUCAAGAAUUGUCAUUUAGCUGUUUUCUGACAGCAAAUUUAUCUUAGAAUACCGUGGCAAGUAGUGCUUAUGACAAAUUUAGGUUUUUAUUGCGCAUUCUGCCACUUUUUCCAACCAACCACAAAUAUAAGUGCACAGCAACGCCCAUAGCAACUAUUUUCGCAUUUUUAGACAGCUUUCUUGCCCUCCGUUGAUGUUAUAUUCCUUGCAAUAGCUAGAUGAUACUUUAGGGCCUCCUAAGACAAUAUAUGACAGUUCUGAAUAUUAAUAAUGUGGUGUUUCACAAGCAUUCAGAAAGCUGUCUUCACGACGCAUCCUCCGAAGUGAACUCGUCAUUAAUUAGACUUCAGACAGGUCGAAACAGUGUUGGCGUACACCUUUUGUCGAUCCACAAGUCAAAAAUGUCCAUAAAAUAAUUCUUUACAAGUUUUUUGCCGUUUAAGUUCGGAAUCCACCCGAAACAAGAAUUCUCAAGAUCGAAGCACCCACGCUUUACAAUUUCUUCUGUGGAUGCAAGCAUUAGUACCACCUAGUGUUUAAAUGAAACCGAUUUUCAAAUCAAAAUUUUGUCUUUCAGUUAUUUUGUCGAGAUAUUGCCUGUUUCGUCCUGUUUUAGCUUUUCUGUCGUCCAAAAAAUACCGCAUCAGUUCUCUGGAAGACAGAUCAGCCUUACGAAAAUGCGCUUCACUUAAUUCAUACACGUGACCCUUGAGGAACAAAAGCGGUCAAAAAAGCACUUGAAAUAACGCAUGUUAUUAAGUUAAUUGGUUGGGCGUCGUGCAGCAAAAUGUCAUAUUUUGCCUAUACUUCUCCUAGCAACGGGUAACCAUGGCAACCAAUCAAUCAAAUUUUUGACUUAAUAUUAUCCUACCGUCACAUACUAUGAUAUCCUCAUCAAGUAUCUUUAGAAAAGACAAACCUCUGCGAUAUAAUUUUUUUCUAGGGGAACCGCCUUAAAGACGUUUGGAGUUAUAAAAAUCCACUUAACAAAUAUUCAUUGCAUCUAUAAUUAUAUUUUCCCAUUUACAGUAUGAUACUUGAACAAGUUUUAACACCAGCUCGAGAUUUCAUUGUUUUUUUGG